AUGUUGCAAUCAAAGAUCUCCAUCGGUAUACCCAUUCCCAAUCGAUUAUUUACUAUGGAUGAAGUGCAGAAAUUACUGAAGGAAAUAACUGGUGCAGAUAUUCACGGCAAGAUUUUUUCUUAUCGCAUAAUAAAUCUACCGGAACGUUCACAUUAUGCGCUUAUGACACAAGAGAUGUACGAGCAGUCUCUUGAACGAAUGAAGUUGAAAGGGUUGCAUUAUCUACAGUUUUUUCCGAUUAAAGAACCUCGUACUGAGGAACCCGAUAUCAUCGCAGUUGAUCCCGAGAUCAACGGAUUUGAUGAAUCCAAAUUCAUUUUUGUCGACACAACGUUUGAUGUUACUGAUGUAGAUCGGACAAUAGUUGUACGUGAAACUGAUGGAACUUUAAGGACUGCUAAUCCAGAAGAACAUGAUCGAAUGAAUAGAAUUUUUUUUGAAAAACCUUCUCGUCCAGUCAAUGAACCACCUCUUUUCAAAGAUCCUUGGCUUCAGGUCUUUUCUAAAUUUAUUUUAUUGUGGAUUUUGAUUUAUCAAUUAGACAAGCAUUUAUGUCGAACGAUUUUCGAUCGUGUAGUUCAGUCGAAGAAAUUUUCUAUAUUGCAUUCCACUCGUCAUUAUGGACCAUUUGUUUUUUAUCUCUUAAUCAAUAAUAAUAUUGCACCUUUGCUGAAUUAUUAUGGUUCACGAGCAAAGUUAGAAUUAUAUUUUCUUUAA